AUGGCUUCAGCGACGGUACAAACGCCCGGCUCCCAUGCCUCUCUGCCGGCAGACAGACUCGAGGCUCCCGUCCCCGAAAGCCCUCACCAUGUCCACACCACACUGACCUUUGUCAAACCGAACGAGGACGGCUCCCCCCAGGCCCCAAUAUACAUUGGGAGGCCAGAGAGCUACGAGCGGCCCGAGGUCAACAUGCCCGUCACCAUCCACGACGUCAGCGGCCACGAGCUCGACUACACGCUGGACAGCCACGGAUUCCAGUUCCACCACCACGAGAGCAAGCUCAAGGACUUCCUCGACGACAAGGAGAUCAGACAAGUGUACUACCCGGAGACGGAACAACUGCUCAAAGACGUCACGGGUGCCACGCGCGUCUUCAUCUUCGACCACACCGUCCGCAGGGCGCCAAAGGACUUCACCAGGCAAGGCCAGCCCCGUGGCCCGCUCAAGCGCGUGCACGUCGACUCGUCGUACCACGGGGCCGAGUGCAAGGUCCGCCACCACCUCCCCGACGAGGCGGCCGAGCUCCUCAAGGGUCGGUACCAGAUGAUCAGCGUCUGGCGUCCGAUCCGGACCAUCCUCAGGGACCCGCUGGCGCUGGCGGACGCGCACUCGGCGCCCGAGAGCGACCUCUUCCCCAUCAAGUUCGUCGACACGAGCCAGGUGGGCGAGGGGUGGAACGUCAAGGCGAACCCGGACACCAAGUGGUACUUUCGCUACAGGCAGCCCCCUGACAUGGUGACCUUGAUCAAGUUUUACGACUCCAAGCAGGACGGGAGGGCGAGGCGCACGCCUCACUCUUCCUUUGUUGAUCCGUCAACGGAGCACGAGCCGACUAGGGAGAGCAUCGAGAUGAGGGCGCUGCUUUUCCAUCCCGAGGAUCGUGACUAG